AUGGCAGACACGAAAGAGAACCCCAGCUCCCUGGAAACCCUGCUGUGGGUCUACCACUUCCACAGCUCCACCGAGGUGGCCCUCCAGCCCCCGCUUCUAUCUUCCCUGGAACUCGCUGUGGCCGCAGCCCAUGAGUAUCUGGAGCAGAGGUUCAGAAAGCUUAAGUCCCUGGAGCUGCGGGAGCCCAAGGAGCGGAAGAAGCCUCCCACCCCGAAGCCCACGCUGGGGCUGGUGUUAAGAGAAGCGGUGGCCAGCGUCUUGAACUUCGGCGCCACCUUGUUAGAGAUCUCAGCCCUGUGGCUGCAGCAGGAGGUGCGGCGACUAGACGGAGGCGACGAAAGCCCGGGCCCGGGCCCGGCCCCGAACGCCGGGAACCCGGGUGGAGCGCUGGCCCGGGUAGCCCUGGCCGCCGGGCAGGCGGCUUGGCAAGCCGGGGCUGCGGCGGGCGCCAGCGCCCGGCUCCUCCUCCAGGGGACGUGGUUAUGCCUGUGUGGACGGGGUCUGCAAGGGUCGGCCUCACUUCUGCAACAAUGGCAACAGCAACUGGGCCUUGGAACUCCCGGGGAACCGGUGAGUUCAGAAUGCGUGAUGAGCUGGGGGCCAGGCUGUGGAGGCGCUGAACUGACCCGGCCUCAACAGACAUAUUCAGGAGACCUCAAGGUGGCGAGCAGCAGCAAUGAGGAGGACGGGGAGCCGGCGCGUCUACUACCGCCCUAG